AUGCCGCCCAAAUUCACACCGCGUCUGCGAAAGCAGAGGCAUCGUCAAAACCCAGCCGGGGAGUCUGCCGAUACAAAUGCUGCUCAGCUCGAACCCGUCUCCAAGGAUGAGAAAGAAGCGCGCCGACAGAAGCUACAAUCGGAGCUACGAGAACAACACACCAAUAUGUCCUCAAAGAAACAAAAACGUUUGGAUAAGUACAUUGAAAACAAACUCAAGAAGGAAGAGAACAUUGAGCUGCUGAAGAAGCUGGCGAAAUCAUCGGUCGAUACCUCGGGCCUUCAAAGUUCCAGAGAUUUGUUCAAGCGCAAGAGACAGGAGGACGACGUACCCGCAGCCGCCGAUGCUGCGCCGAGACGCAAUGCGCACGCAGACCUCUCCGGGGAUGAGAGCGACGAUUCCGAUAUUCACCUGAAGGUGUCUGACCCCAGAACGGACCCGGUGGUGGAACAACAGAAACAGGCAGAAAUAGCCGCUGGAAGUGGCUUGAAGCGGCCACUUGAGCUUGGAGCUGAUGGGUUCCCAGUGAUGAAGAAGAGGAAGCGCGCACCAAAGAAGAAGAAGAAGGCUGCGCCAGCUCCAGCGAAAGCAGAGGUUGCAUGGGAAGGCUUCGACUCGGGUGAUGAGGACGAGGAGGACGAUGAAGAUGAGGAUGAGGAGGAUGAGGAUGAGGACCAGGAUGAUUCGGCCGAAUCUGGCAGUGAUAUUGAACAAGGCUCUGAAGACGAGGACUCCGAAGGUACAUCCUCCGAAGGCUCUGAUGAUGAGGACGACGAGGAAGACUCGGAAGAUUCAGAAGACGAGGAGAUGGAAGACGCUCCUGUGCUCAAGACCCGCCAGUCCGCCUUCAAGUCCUGGGCCGUGCAACAAAUCAACGAAGUUUCGGGCUUCAAGCCAACGGAAGGUGCAGCAGUCACCCAAGAAGAGCAAGUGUUCGACCCGUCCAAGCUGCCGGCUCGUCACAACACUACAGAGGAGGAGCCUCUGCCUCGUGAACUGCAAAUCACUCAUGGCGAUCCCAACCGCAAAGCAUUCAGUGUGGCUGUCAACCGUUCGGAAGAGAUACAAGCUGCCCGUAUCGGACUUCCCGUUGUCGGUGAAGAGCAAAAGAUCAUGGAAGCCAUCUAUAACAACUCAGUUGUUGUCAUUUGGGGUGCCACUGGUUCCGGAAAGACAACACAGCUUCCUCAAUUCCUCUUCGAAUCUGGAUUCGGCUCUCCAGACAGCCCGAACCCGGGUCUCAUUGGUGUCACCCAACCUCGCCGAGUGGCCGCCGUGAGCAUGGCGAACCGUGUCUCUCAGGAGCUGGGUGAACAUGCCGAAAAGGUCUCUUACCAGAUCCGUUUCGAGUCCACGGCAUCGAAGAAGACUGCUAUCAAAUUCAUGACUGAUGGUAUUCUCCUGCGUGAGAUUGCGGAUGACUUUGCCCUCCGCAAGUACUCAAUCAUCCUUAUCGAUGAGGCUCACGAACGCAGUGUCAACACUGACAUCUUGAUUGGAAUGGUCAGCCGUAUUGUCGGGCUGCGCAAGUCUUUGAGCGAAGAGGACCCCUCUGUCAAGCCGCUGAAGGUCGUGAUCAUGUCUGCUACUCUGCGCAUCUCCGACUUUACCGAGAACCCCAGUCUCUUCCGCAGUGGUCCGCCUCCUUUGGUCCAAGCCGAGGGUCGUCAAUACCCUGUGUCCAUUCACUUCUCUCGGCGCACGCAGCGUGACUACGUGGAAGAUGCCUUCCGCAAAGUCUCCCGUGGACACCGCAAACUUCCACCCGGUGGCAUGCUCGUGUUCUUGACUGGACAGAAUGAGAUUCGGGAACUUUCCAAGCGCUUGAAGGGGGCUUUCAAGCCCACACAGCGUGAGGACACCACGCAAGCAAAGGUUCAGCUGUCUGCCAAUGAAGCGCCCUUGGAGGCAGAGGAUCUGGAGCUGGGUGGCACUGAGAUGGACAACGCGGGUGAAGAUGACUAUGACAGCGAUCUGGAGAUCACAGGCUUGGAUGAUCCUGAGGAAGAUGAGGGUUUCGACCUUGGCGAGGAGGCUAUGGACUCUUCCACUCGUGUUCACGUUCUGCCUCUUUACUCCCAACUGCCCACAAAAGAGCAGAUGAAGGUCUUCGAGGCGCCCCCAGAGAACUCCCGUCUUAUCAUUCUCGCGACGAACGUCGCGGAAACAUCCCUCACAAUCCCUGGUAUCAAGUACGUGUUUGACUGUGGCCGAUCCAAGGAGAAGCAGUUUGAUCUGUACACCGGUGUGCAGAGCUUCCAGAUUGGCUGGAUCAGCAAAGCCAGCGCAAACCAGCGAGCUGGUCGUGCUGGUCGAACAGGACCCGGUCACUGCUACCGGAUGUACUCUUCCGCGGUCUAUGAGGCGGAUUUCGCCGAAUACACAGACCCUGAAAUUCUCCGCACACCCAUCGAAGGCGUCGUCCUCCAGAUGAAGAGCAUGGGUCUACACAACGUCAUCAACUUCCCCUUCCCAACACCUCCAAGCCGCCAGGGUCUGGCAAAGGCUGAAAAGCUGCUCAAGAACCUCGGUGCUCUCUCUGCGGAGGGCCAAGUCACCCCGAUUGGCCGCCGUCUCUCAACAUACCCUCUCUCCCCCGUUUCACACGGUUGCAUGCCCUACGUGGUCGCCCUCGUCGCCGCUCUAGCUGUCGGCGACCUCUUCGUCCCUCAGAACCAACUGGACCCACCCAAGGCCCAGAAGAAGGACGACUCUGACUCCGACAGCGACACAGAGCGCAAAGUCUACACAAACGCCGACAGACUCGAAGACACAGAGCGCGAACAAAAGGCCAAAUCUCACGCCCGCGCCCACCGUCUUUUCUCCAAACACGACGACACCUCCGACGCCCUCAAAGCCCUCUCCGCAAUCUGUGCCUACGGCUACGCCUCCGACGGCGAUGCCUUCGCCGACCAGAUGUUCCUCCGCGGGAAGGCCUUCAAAGAAGCAACCCAGCUCCGCCGCCAACUCACCGACAUCGUCCGCUCCAACAACCCAGGCCUCGUCCCAGCCUACACACCCCGCCUCCCAGAGCCCUCAUCCAAACAAAUCAAAGCCCUCAAGCAAAUCGUCACAGCGGGUUUCAUCGACCAAGUCGCCAUCCGCGCAGACCUGGCCCCUGUCCCGCCCGAGAUCCCUCGCGCUCCCCGUCGCGCAAUCGACGUCCCAUACCUUACUCUCUUCCGAUCCCGAGAUGGGAAGGGAACGGACCUCGUCGAGCGUGCCGUCUACGUGCAUCCGUCUUCGCUGCUCGCCAAGUUGACCCCUAAGGAAAUGCCUCAGUAUAUCACCUACUCGCAUCUGCAGCAGUCCUCUGCGUUGGUCGGCGAUCAGAUUCCGAAGAUUAGGAUGUUCCCGCUUGUUGCGCCUAGCGGCCUGCAGCUUUCUGCUAUUGCGCACGAUACGCCGCUUAUUGAAUACGGCAAGCCUAUUGGAAAAGCGGAUGCCAUUGAGGGUGUCCCACCUCGUAGAUCUUGCUGGGUCAUUCCCUCGCUGGUUGGCGAUGCGGGUAACUCGGGGUGGCCGAUGCCUGCUAAAAAGGUCCUGCAAAAAAAGGACCCGAAGGAAGGAUGGGUGAUUGAGAAGUUCGUCGCAUGA